AUGAUAAACAUCAAGGGUUUAUCCGAAGCCAAAGUCGACAAAAUCAAGGAGGUUCUUACUGCAGCCGCGAAACUCUUCGGUUCCUUGUUGGGCUCCGGCGGAUUCAUCACGGCCUCGGCGCUUUGUGAUCGGCGCCGUAGUGUUUUCCGAAUUCCAUCGGGAUCGUCUGCACUCGACCGACUCCUCGGAGGAGGGUUCGAGAGCAUGGCCAUCACGGAAAUAUUCGGGGAAUUCCGCUGCGGUAAAACUCAAAUCUGUCACACCUGCUGCGUCACCUGCCAAAUACCAACCGACAACUAUCCCGGCGGCAAAGCACUCUUCAUCGACACGGAGCACACGUUCCGACCCGAGAGGCUCCGCGAUAUCGGUCACAGAUUCGACUUGGAUAUCGAAGCGAUGUUGGAGAACAUACUUUACGCGAGAGCCUACACUUCAGAGCAGCAAAUGGAUUUGCUCGACAUGGCUGCAGCGAAAUUCCAUGAAGAAUCCGGAGUUUUCAGACUUCUCAUCAUCGACAGCGUCAUGGCACUCUUCAGAGUGGACUUCAGUGGACGCGGUGAGCUCGCCGAGCGGCAACAGAAAUUGGCGCAGCUUUUGUCGCGAUUGCAGAAGAUUUCUGAGGAGUACAACGUUGCUGUCGUCAUAACCAAUCAGAUGACCGCGGACCCGGGAGCCACAAUGUCGUUCCAGGCUGACCCGAAGAAACCCAUAGGAGGUCACGUCCUGGCCCACGCUUCGACCACCCGGGUAUCUCUCCGCAAGGGCAAAGGCGAAGUUCGCAUAGCGAAAAUUUAUGAUUCACCUGAACUACCGGAGUCCGAAGCGCACUUCGCCAUAACACUGGGGGGAAUCGCUGAUACCAUCGACUGA